AUGAAGUCAAAGUUGACCUGGGGUCCAUAUGUCUGGUUCCAAAUGUGGAGAGUGGCUACCUCAUCCAUCUCAGUUUGUGACUAUCUUGGAGAGAAAAUGGCCUCACUGCUGGGAAUCACGACACCAAAAUAUCAGUAUGCAAUUGAUGAGUACUACAGGAUGAAGAAAGAGGAGGAGGAAGAAGAGGAGGAGAACCAUCUCUCUGAGGAGGCAGAACGUCGUUUUGAGGAGCAGCACAAUCAGGACGGCCAGCAGCCAAAGAUCGAGCAACCAGAAGGAACUGCUUCUUUUGUGAAUGUGACCUUUGAACUGGAGCAGGAAUCACAUGCUACAUCUGAUGCUAAUAAAGUGCCUGCCCCCAUUCCUUCCUAAAAUACUGUUUAGUUGAUUGAGCAUAUUAGAUGGUUUUUACCAUAUUAGCCUUAGACAUGAGGUGUGCUAGGUUUCUUUUUUGAAGGAGAAGUUUACAUGAAGUUAAACAUGAAGGUAACGUUGUUUAUGCAUAGCUGACAAUGGUUCUGCUUU